CCGGAACUGAUGUGUCAGUUUGCUUCCUCCCGGACAGUUUUCUUUUACACAUUGAAAUUCUACGGAGUGUUUUUUGUGUCGCGCUCCUCGUCUGAUUUAAUCAGAGCAUCGUUUCAUUUAAACACAAUUUAACAUCACUUUAAGGGUUAUUUUCUACCUCAAACACUUCAAGAUGGCAGGGAACUUCUGGCAGAGUUCACAUUACCUACAGUGGGUUCUGGACAAACAGGAUCUGAUGAAGGAGAGACAGAAAGAUCUCAAGUUCCUCACAGAAGAGGAGUACUGGAAGCUACAGAUAUUUUUUGCCAAUGUGAUUCAAGCCUUGGGAGAACACUUGAAACUCAGGCAGCAGGUCAUCGCCACAGCAACUGUCUACUUUAAGCGCUUCUACGCCAGGUACUCUCUGAAGAGCAUAGACCCUGUGCUGAUGGCCCCUACAUGUGUGUUUCUGGCCUCUAAAGUAGAGGAAUUUGGUGUUGUUUCGAACACACGCCUUAUUUCAGCAGCAACGUCUGUGUUGAAAACAAGGUUCUCUUAUGCCUUUCCAAAGGAGUUUCCCUUCAGAAUGAAUCAUAUCUUGGAGUGUGAAUUCUACUUACUGGAGCUCAUGGACUGCUGUCUGAUCGUGUACCACCCUUACAGGCCGUUACUGCAGUAUGUGCAAGACAUGGGUCAGGAGGACAUGCUGCUGCCGCUGGCUUGGAGGAUAGUGAAUGACACCUACAGAACGGACCUGUGUCUGCUUUAUCCUCCAUUUAUGAUUGCACUUGCCUGUCUGCAUGUGGCAUGUGUGGUACAGCAGAAAGAUGCCAGGCAGUGGUUUGCUGAGCUGUCUGUCGACAUGGAGAAGAUCCUGGAGAUCAUCAGGGUGAUACUGAAACUCUAUGACCAGUGGAAGAACUUUGAUGAUAGAAAGGAAAUGGCUGCUGUGCUCAACAAGGUGCCCAAACCCAAACCCCCUCCUAACAGCGAGACUGACCAGAGCUCAAACGGGAGUCAAAACAGCUCCUACAGUCAGUCCUAGAGCACCACCUGCUGAAGGACCUGAGGCAGAGUGAUUCGGGGAGGCAAACACAGCACAUUUUGGCACAUUUGAAUGCUGCUUUUCACAAGCACAUCGUUUUAUGACCGUGGGGAAACAGAUUCCUGGCACACACGUCCUCUCUUUCCUUUUCUCUGGGUUCUUCCACCAAUCAGAGCAGAUAGAAUGAUGCCACCUCCUUCCUUCCACCAAUCAGAGCAGCCCCUGUCAUUCUAGGAGCAGGAGGAAAGCAGACUGCUCACCUAUAGGAAAUCUGCUUUGAUUUAGAGUCUGUUGCCAAGCUUAAGGCUGUAGUGUUGAAUGUUAUGUACAAAAACCCACACAAACGCAUUGAUUAAGAGAGGUGCUGUUUUCCCAGAUCUUGUAAGUUGAUGAUCCUGACUUCCUUGAAAAGUCCCAUGAAGCUUUCUUUCAACGGAUGCUCUUUGGGAACAAAGAAAACUUGAUCAUUUUCUGUGUCUGAGAGCGAUGAAGAAAGAGAGAGUGAGAGUGUGUUUAAUUGCAAAUGUAUUUGUAUGCGUGCCUCUCGUUGACCAUAUCACAGUUUGUAUUCCUCAGGGAAAUGGAUCAGUCCUUUCUACAAAGUGGCUGUCUGUAAACUGAUUGGCCACAGGGCUAUGUGACGGCGAUCUUUUUGAACCCUUGUACUGUGUAAUCAAAUCCUGAUUGGAUACAUUUUCUUUGACACGUGUGUGGAUGAGAGUCA